AUGGAGUCAUCCUCGACGCCAUUACCGUAUAGUAGGAAGCGUUUUGAUAGGCGUUUGGUCGAAAAAUUAAACGGAGGACGAAAAAGACUGAAGAAAUGCUGUGGCCGUAUAGAUGUUGGUUCUAGUUGCUUGAGUGAGCAUCGAGUUGUUUAUUUGCCGCCCGAAUGCAUACUGAGGAUUCUGGAGUUUUGUGAUGCAAAAACAGUUUGUCUGUUCUCGCGUUGCAGUCGUACUGCACAGAGUUUAGUUGAACGGUAUAUUAAGCGAUUGGCUAUUCCAGAAUUCAGUGUAGGGAUCUUCAACCAUCGUGGUUUCUGCUUGCGAGAUGGGUAUGUUGCAACGAAGAAAAUCAAGAAUUUUGAUCUUCUCGAUAAUGAUAUGAUCAACCUUUCAUCUGCUGAUGAUUCAGGUCCUUUUGAGGUUGAAUGUUACAGACAUAAAUCUCACUGUGAUGACCAGUUUUGCAAACAUAGGAUCCUUUAUCGCCAUAACAGUUCCGGAAUCUUUAUCUUUCCCGACGUUGACCCUCUGCCUACCGUCCUUAACUGUCGCCAUAAAAAAUUGAGGUUGGAAAUUAACUUGUGCGGUAUAACUACGAAGGAGCUGGCAGUUAUUCAUCGAAUAAUCAUUAGUACAGAACCCUGUGAAGUAAAUCUUGAUCUGUAUCCCAUGAAGCGAUAUAGGUCAUCUGCACUUCAACCGCAACAUUUUCAGCGAACAUAUCCCUUCCAUUAUUUUAUGACAGAUGCUGAACCGCAGCUAUGUGUGCGAUUUUGGAGCAUUUUUCGAGAGAGAGUGUUCGCCAUUAAUUUACGAAAUACCAACCUGGGCGACUGGCUUGCAAGCUUCUUCCUUGACUUUCUUGCUCAAGGAAAUGUGGAUCACUCAUGGUUUGCUUUUCCACCCUUGGGAACGAAGGAAGAUGAACCUAUUGCUUUUGCCAUUAUUCGUCUUAUCGUUGAAAAAGCUCCUUCUGACCUGGUAGUUUAUGGAAAACAAUGGCCAUUUUCCAAUACUACGCCAAUUCGUGCAAUGGUGACUCUUCCUCACUAUGUCGAUGUCGACACCAAACCUCAAAACUAUGUUCCAAACGUUCAUUGGACUUCAUCAGCAAGCGGAGGCGGUCCUCAAUGCACAAUUAAGCAUAAGAAUUUGCCCUUAAAUAUGAAAAUACGUUUGUUUAAAGAUAGGCUCUUUUUGUCAAUUGAGGAUUCAGAACGUGAAGAUUUUUCUGGCUAG